GUAGAUCAUCAGCCUGAUAGGAUUGAUCAAAAUGAUUAUAGGAUCGAAUUGCGAUGUGGCCCUUGCCACCACAAAUCUGACAAAUCUCAACGUUUGGCGGGGGGGGGGGAGGAGAAUGAUGGUUGGGACCAAGAAUACCGACACCGAAAUUUGGAGAAGCACGACCAGAUGAUCUAG